AAAUGCGCUUGUAGACCAAACAAUUGAAAUUAGUGAUUUUGGUGAAGGAGCUUCCAAUAUUGAAAUUAUUGAGAAGAGUAAAGAAGAAAUUAAUGAAAUAAACACUAGAGCAACUCGUGAAAAAAGUAAAAAAGGCCGAAGGGGUGAGAGGAUAGGUGGCCGGGUAGGUAGGUUAAAUGAAACCAGUAAAUCAGGCAUAAUGAAUGAAAUAGAUGAUGAUAUGGAAUUACCUGAAUUUGAGCUGUUACAUACCUUUUCUAAUCAUCAUGGUUAUUCAACACUACCACAUGAAAUGCAAAUAGGUACCAUUAGUCUAAUUGUACUAUUUCGAUUAUGUUUUAGUGAUGAACAAUUACAAAUAAUUGUUGAAAAUACAAACAAGUAUGAGCAAAUUAAGGGUUAUGAAGGAGGACGUAACUCUAACGAAAAGAUGGCAGUUCAUAAUAUUAAACAAUUUAUGUCAUUGUAUCGAUUCCAACAAAUUAAGAGAUUUCUUCAUAUUUCUAAUCCAACUGAACCUAAAUCUUAUUGGAUUGAAAAAAAUAGUGAAUUAGAACAUAUUAACGGUAUUAAUGAUACAGGCUGUUUA